ACUUAGUCCUGCCUCCUGCGUCUAGUCGCGUAGCGUUGUAAUACUUGCGUUGCUCAUAAUUUAUCUUCGCGAUCUUGACGGAUCUUGGUUGAAUAAUAAUAAGAAGAAGAAGAAGAAGAAGAAAAAGUUAUCAUGGCAAACCAGGAUUUCAACAUUGCUAUUGCCGGGGCAGGAAUCGGCGGCCUCGCCUUGGCCAUUGGCCUCACCCAUCUCAACGUUCCUUUCACUCUUUAUGAGUCUGCACCCGCUUUCUCUGCAGUCGGAGCGGGCGUCGGGCUGGGACCAAAUGCGCUACGCGCCAUGGACUUGAUCGACAAGCGGUUCUACGGCAUGUACAUGAGCAUUGCAACCGGCAACCUGAACCCAGAGAAGAAGCACACCAUGAUGGAGGCCAUGCGCCUAGAACAAGGACUAGGAAAAGGAGAGUCAUGGUGGGGAAACGGAGGCUGGGGCGCCGAGUACUUCGAAAGGACGAGCGCGCACAGAAAAGAUCUCCUAGACAUCAUGACGAGCCUCAUCCCCAGCGACGCCGUCCGCUUCAACAAGACCGUAAAAACCAUCACCCAGGCCAACGGCCGCGUAACCCUCACCUUCGCCGACGGCCAAAUCGCCCCCCACACCGCCGUCAUCUGCUGCGACGGCGUAAAAGGCCCCUCCCGCCGCAUCGUUCUAGGCGACAAAUACCCCCACCUCGUCGCCCCCGUCUACACAAACCGCUACGUCUACCGCGCCAUAGUCCCCAUGCCCGACGCGCGCGCCCUGCUCGGCGACCUCGCCACAGACGCCAAAAUGUACAUGGCCCCCGGCGCAAACUUGUCCACAUACCCCAUCAGCGCCGGCCGCGCUACUAACGUCGUCGCCUUCAGGAAACACAACGCGCCCUGGCCACACAGGGAAUUCACUCACACCGUCUCCCGUGAGGAAAUGCUAGAUGACUUCCGCCAUCUCAAUCCAGACCCAAGACUCAUGCGCCUGCUCGACUGGGCGCAACCUACCCGCUGGGCGCUGUUUCACCACCCCGUCACCCCCACGUACUAUAACGGCCUGAUCUGCAUGAUGGGCGACGUGGCGCACGCGGGGGGUCCGCAUCAGGGCGCGGGCGCGGGCAUGUGUCUUGAAGACGCGCUGGUGCUGUCGCGCGUGCUGGGCCGUCUUUAUCACCGCACAAACACGCAUCCGUCGCCGAAAGCUGUCGAGGCAGCGUUUCAAGCGUACGAUGAGGUGCGGAGGCCCCGUGCGCAGAAACAGGUACUGACUAGUCAUGAGUGUGGGGAUGUGUAUUGUCUUGCGGAUCCGGUGGUGGGGGCGGAUAUGCAGCGUGUGGUGGCGCAUUUGAAGGGGAGGUUUGGGUGGAUCUGGGAGCAUGAUCUGGGGGGUGAUGUGAGGGAGGUGGAGAGGCGGUUUGAUGAGUUGGCUGGUGAGAGGGAGGGGGGGAGUUCGCGGCUGUGAAUGAGACUAGAGUAGAUUGCAUUAUACCAUAUCAAAUCAAAU